AUGCCUGACGAACAUGAUGUCAAAGAUGAACACAAAGAGAGCCAUGAAGAUGGUGGUGAAGAAGAAGAAGAAGAGAUUGCAGCGAUGAAGAGACGCGUCGCCGAGAUGGAGUCGGAAGCGGCCAAACUUCGCGAAAUGCAAAGCCACCUCGAACAAUCCUCGGAGACUAUGCCUAGGGAAGACAGAGAAGAUGUGGACGCGCGCAGCAUCUUUGUCGGCAAUGUGGACUACGGCGCAACUCCUGAAGAGAUUCAAGCACAUUUCGCCAGCGGCCCAGGGACGAUAAACAGAGUCACCAUCCUCCUGGACAAGUUCACUGGUCAUCCAAAGGGGUAUGCAUAUGUGGAAUUCUCAGAUCCAGGACUGGUGGCUCAAGCAUUGGUGCUCAAUGAAAGUGUCUUCCGUGGCCGCAAUCUCAAGGUGGUUCCAAAGCGCACAAAUCUUCCAGGCAUGACUCGAGGCAGAGGAAGAGGGGGUCCUGCUCGUGGUGCUCGAGGAGGCUUCGGCGGACGAGGAGGCUUUGGAGGAGGCUAUGGGGGAUUUGCUGGCGGAGGCUAUGGUGCUCCACGUGGGGGCCCUCGCGGCGGCUUCCGAGGCCGUGGCCGUGGAUUUGCACCGUACUGA